AUGACUGUAGUGAUCUUAUCCUCUUCAAAAAAACCCAGGACUUUCACUUCUGGGAGCCAAGAUGGAGAAGUAAAAAGCAUUGUAGCUGUCAUGGAUAGUGAUACAACUGGAAAACUAGGAUUUGAGGAAUUUAAGUACUUGUGGAACAACAUCAAGAAAUGGCAAUGUGUUUACAAGCAGUAUAACACUGACCAUUCCACUUCUCUUGGGAGAAUGCAGCUGAAGGAAGCUAUUCAGGCAGCAGGCUUCCAGUUAAAUGAGCAACUUUACCAACUGAUUAUCCGUAGAUACACUGAAGAAGAUGGAAGCAUGGAUUUUAACAACUUCAUUAGCUGCCUGAUACGUCUGGAUGCCAUGUUUCGUUCCUUCAAGUCACUAGAUGGAGAUCGAGAUGGACAAAUUCAAGUAAAUAUUCAAGAAUGGCUGGAACUGACCAUGUAUUCCUGAAAUAAAUGCCAAGAAGACACUGUCCUGCCUUGAGGAUAGGACUGCUCUAAGCCUAGGUGUGUCUGUCGGGGAUGGGGCAUUAGAGCUGCUGUUUGUCCACUCUGCAGUUUCUGAAAUCUUGUAUAGGUCUUUAUUGCUUCAUUAAAGGAGAUUUUAAUGUAAAAUAUAUUGAGUAGUUUGUAUAUUAUCUGUGUAAGAAAUGUUUUACUUCUUUAAAACUGUAUGUAUAUGAUUUUCAUAGGUGGAAACCCAGGCACAAAAAUCUUGAAGGGAAUAGACUUUUAAAAUCUACAGUAAUUUCCUGUUCUCAACUGGGAAUUGUUUGGUAAAUGAAUUAUUAGCAGUAGAAAAUAUUUACUAAGAGUAAUUUUUUAAAAAUCCUGGAAUAAAUCAAUAGAAUAGCCAGUGUUCCUCUCCUCUCACCCUUUUUCCCCUCACCUUUAAAAAUAAAAAUAGAUUUCUAAUUUUUUUUCCCAUCACUUCAUGUCUGAUGGUUCUACUAUAUUCUAAAAUUUCUCUAAGAAAUGAAAAUAGUAUCUUAGUGAGCCAGUGUUUCAAAUUGUACAGUAAUUUAAGAGUCUUAGAAACAUGAUAAGCCAUCAUACAUGAAGAUACUAUUUGAUUUUAGUAGAGGAUUUCUUUGUUUGCUGGUUUUGUAUUCUUUACCUUUAAUCUGAAGCAGAGCAAAUGUGAAAAGUGAGAUUGUUUUGUUUUUAUGUUUAUUUUUUAAGGAGUCAGGAAGAACAAGAACUAAAAGGGUGUAUCUGUGGUUCAGAAUGUCUUUGGCUGCCUUAAUGAAUCAAAAGAAUCACUCUUACAAGCACUUCAUGCAAAAUCAGGCUUGCCUCAUUGAUGUUAGCCAGCUCCCGUCAUGUCUUGUCUUGCCCUGGAGCAAGGAAAAUUUUUUUGUUCUUCACAAACUGAAGGCAGGAUUGUAAGUUGAAUGGAAUGUAAAGCAAUGUUGGAAAUAAAUUUAGGGCUUUUGUGUAAAGCUCUCUUGUGAUGA